GAGACUCUCCAGACUAGAGAGGGAGAGAAGGCAUAGAGAUUGCCCAGAAAUUGGCUAGAGUGACCUAUGAGGGCUGGGGGCUAUUGUGUCUUGGCGCUGUAGCGUUUCCCACACCUAUGGUACUUCUUUUUCUAAAAAAAACCUCUUGACAGUGAAAAAGUCGCAUAGUGAUAGGAAAAAUAAGAGGAGGACUGGAAUGAUGCACCGGUUCGCUAUGGGCCACGAAAAAGAUUAGGUGGAAUGCAGUAGGACCCUCUUACCCGCUGGAUAAGUAUAUCCGCUGUUUCACAUAUCCGCGGUCUGGCAAUACUGUACAAUAUUUGAAAUGCGGAAAGAAUAAUCCUAGAAAUACAGUGGUGCCUCGCAAGACGAAUGCCUCACGGGAUAAAAAAACCUCGCAAGAUGAAUGUUUAUUUUGCUUUAAAUCUCAACUGUUAAGACCCAGGAUGCAUUCUGCAUUGUGCUGGAAGGUUUAAAAAGCCUCCCCAAUGCAGCCUGGGUUCACUUUGCCACGUGCAGUUCCAAGGUUGACUUCGAGAGGAGCAACCGUGGUCUGUGUUGUGGACGCAUCCUGUGUUUGGAGAAAUUGACGGUUUUCAGAGCCUGCAAAAGGUAGCAGCUGUACUGACAUGGGUCCCAAGAAGGCUGCUUCUGCAGAGGCCAGGAAGAUGACAAAGGAGAAGAUUACUGUAGAGAUGAAGAAGGAGAUAAUCAGGAAGCACAACAGAGGCAUGCGAGUGACAGACCUCGCUAGGGAGUACCGGAGGAAUCCAUCCACCAUCGCUACCAUCCUUAAAAUGAGGGAGAAGAUCCUUGCAACAGAUGUAGCCAAAGGUGUCACCAGGAUGGUGAAGAACCGGCCAGCUGUUCUGGAGGAGGUGGAGAAGUUGCUGCUCAUCUGGAUGGAAGAGAAGCAGCGUGCAGGGGACCCAGUGACUGAGGCUGUCAUUCGUGAGAAGGCCAAGGCCUUGCACGCAGACCUUGUGCAGCAAGAGCCAGGCACCUCAGCUGAGCCAGAAGUCUUCAAGGCAAGCAGAGGCUGGUUUGAACGCUUCAAAACCAGAUCUGGAAUCCACAGCGUGGUCAGGCCGACCGGAAGUGGCGUUCUCGGCGGUUCCCGUCGCCUGGGCAACGCGGCGCUGUUUACUACCAAGGCCGGGGCAGGCGAGGAGCGGCGUUCCUUGAUGGAGCCGCAGCGAGCAGGCACGAAUGUCUGCGAAUCCCUGGAGGUGCAGGUGGAGGUCUGA